UAAACAUCAUGCAUCAUCCUGCAUUUCAUAGUCUCAAAUCAAAGUCUCACACAAACUUCCUUUUCCAGAAAAAGGGUCAACUCGUUUCAUACGGUGGCCCCACGUAUCAUCUACAAGUCAACCCGUACUCACUACACUCGAGCAAACGUAAAGAAGAAGAUGGAUUAUCUUGAGCAGGAAAAUCGGGUACUUCGUGAAGAAAUGACAGCCAUGCAGACUAGGAUGGACGAGAUGGCUGAAUUAAUAAAAACAAUGGCGGAAGCUCAGACUCAAGCUCAAGCACAGAUUCAAGCACAAGCGCAAGCAUUGGCACAAGCGCAAACUCAAGCUCAGGCCAUAACAGAAGCGCAGGCCCGAUCACAAGCACCUCCACCUCCUCCUGUCAGAACUCAGGCCGAGGCAUCUUCUUCUUGGACACUAUGUGCUGACACUCCAACGCAGUCCGCUCCGCAACGUUCCACGCCUUGGUUUCCACCUUUCACUGCUGGGGAGAUAUUUCGUCCUAUCACUUGUGAAGCUCAGAUGCCCACUCACCAGUACACGGCUCAAGUACCCCUACCUGCCAUGAGGGUCACUCCAGCCACCAUGACCUACUCAGCACCUGUGAUACAUACAACCCCGCAAACUGAAGAACCUAUCUUUCAUUCAGGGAAUGUAGAGGCUUACGAGGAAGUAAGCGACCUACGAGAAAAGUAUGAUGAACUACGCCGAGACAUGAAAGCCCUCCGUGAAAAAGGGAAAUUUGGGAAGACUGCGUACGAUCUCUGUUUGGUACCGAGUGUGCAGGUACCUCACAAAUUCAAGAUUCCAGACUUCGAGAAAUACAAAGGGAGUUCUUGCCCUGAGGAACAUCUAAAAAUGUAUGUGAGAAGGAUGCCUGCGUAUGCCCAAGAUGAUCAGAUUCUUAUUUACUACUUCCAAGAAAGCUUGACCGGCCCUGCUUCAAAGUGGUACACAAACCUAGACAAAACAAGGGUUCAAACUUUCCGUGACCUUUGUGAAGCUUUUGUGGAACAGUACAGUUACAAUGUAGACAUGACUCCGGACCGAAGUGAUCUCCAAGCCAUGACUCAGGGAGAUAAAGAGACGUUCAAAGAGUACGCCCAACGGUGGAGAGACACCGCUGCCCAAGUCAGCCCACGAAUUGAGGAGAAAGAGAUGACCAAGCUCUUCCUAAAAACUUUGAAUCAUUUUUAUUACAAAAAGAUGGUCGGGAGUACACCAAAGAGCUUCGCGGAGAUGGUUGGUAUGGGAGUACAGUUAGAAGAAGGAGUCCGAGAAGGACGCUUAGUAAAGAAUACAACUCCUGCCAGUGGGACCAAGAAGACCGGGAACCAUUUCCCGAGGAAGAAAGAACAAGAAGUCGGUAUGGUGACUCAUGGAGGGCCUCAACAAACUUAUCCAGCCUAUCAACACAUUGCUGCCAUCACACCCACCUCUCACCCUUUUCAACAAACAAAUAACCAUCCUCAAAUACCACAAUAUCCUCAAUUCCCACAAAAUCCUUCACCACAAAAUGUCCAACAACAAAAAUUACUUCCCGGCUUACUCAAGAAAAACCUUGUCCAAACUAGAACAGCUCCUCCUAUCCCAGAAAAACUACCAUCUUGGUAUAGACUUGACCAAACUUGUGACUUCCAUGAAGGGGGCCGUGGCCAUAACAUUGAAACUUGUUAUGCCUUUAAAAGCACAGUACAGAGGUUGAUCAAUGAUGGAAAAAUAACUUUCACAGACUCGGCGCCAAAUGUUCAAACAAACCCAUUGCCGAAUCAUGGUGCCGCAACAGUCAACAUGAUCGAAGACUGUCAAAAGACUCGUCCCCUUCUGAAUGUUCAACAUAUCAGAACACCCUUGGUCCCGUUACAUGCCAAGUUAUGCAAAGUCGACCUUUUUGAGCAUGAUCAUGAUCUCUGUGAAAUAUGCCUUAUGAACUCCGGAGGAUGUCAGAAAGUAAGAAAUGAUAUUCAAGGGCUUCUAGACCGAGGAGAGCUUGUGGUCGAAAGGAGGUGUGAUGAUGUGUGUGUAAUAACUCCUGAAGGGCCUUUGGAGGUAUUUUAUGACAGUCGAAAGUCAACUAUCACCCCUCUGGUGAUCUGCUUACCGGGUCCACUGCCAUAUGCUUCUGAAAAAGCCAUCCCAUACAAAUACAAUGCCACCAUGAUUGAAGAGGGUCGUGAGGUUCCAAUACCGCCUUUGUCUAGUGUGGAUAAUAUUGUUGAAGACAGUAGAGUUCUGAGAAAUGGGCGCGUUGUUCCCAUAGUGUUCCCAAAGAAGAUUGAUGCUACAAUAAACAAGGAGGUUCGGACUAAAGAUGCUGGUAUCGCCAAAGAAGUGGAUCAACCCAAUGGGGAUGGUACAAGUACAGAGUUUGAUGAGAUUCUCAAGUUAAUAAAGAAGAGCGAGUACAAGGUUGUUGACCAACUGAUGCAGACUCCAUCCAAAAUAUCCAUAAUGUCUUUAUUACUAAAUUCUGAGGCCCAUAAAGAUGCAUUAAUGAAGGUCUUAGAACAAGCUUUUGUGGAUUAUGAUGUAACGGUGGGUCAGUUUGGCGGAAUAGUAGGGAACAUCACUGCAUGCAACAACUUGGGUUUCAGUGAUGAAGAGCUCCCAGCAGAAGGAAGGAACCACAAUCGGGCGCUGCAUAUAUUUGUGAACUGUAAAACCGAUGCUUUGUCAAAUGUACUGGUGGAUACUGGAUCAUCUUUGAAUGUGUUGUCCAAAACAACUUAUACCCAACUCGCUUACCAAGGCGCACCUUUAAGACGAAGUGGGGUAAUGGUGAAAGCUUUUGAUGGCUCGAGGAAGGAUGUCCUUGGAGAGGUGGUUCUACCUAUCACAGUUGGGCCACAAGUUUUUCAAGUUAAUUUUCAAGUCAUGGACAUUCAAGCUUCAUAUAGUUGCUUACUGGGUCGACCUUGGAUUCACGAAGCAGGGGCUGUCACAUCCACACUGCAUCAAAAGCUGAAGUUUGUGAAGAAUGGGAAGCUAGUAACUGUAAACGGUGAAGAGGCUUUAUUGGUGAGUCAUUUGUCGUCUUUCUCUUUCAUUGGGGCAGACGAUGUCGAAGGGACACCUUUUCAAGGGUUUACUAUAGAAGAUAAGAAUACCAAGAGGAAUGAAGCCUCUAUCUCGUCUCUGAAAGAUGCUCAGAAAGUCAUACAAGCAGGAGGGUCCACAAGUUGGGGAAAACUGAUAGAGCUUCCAGAAAACAAGCACCGAGAAGGUUUGGGUUUCUUCCCAUCUACUGGUUUGUCCACAGCAAAGAAGGGCACUUUCCACAGUUCGGGCUUUAUCCAUGCAAUCAUUGAAGACGAUCCUGAAAGUGUGCCACGAGGUUUUAUAACGCCAGGAGUAUCCAGCCACAAUUGGGUUGCCGUAGAUGUUCCUUUUGUUGCUCACUUAUUAGAAAUCGACGAACCCGUUGAACAACAUAACUUUGAGUUCCCUGUGUAUGAAGCGGAGGAAGAAGAGAAUGAAGAGAUCCCUGACGAAAUCUCUCGACUACUCGAACAAGAGAAGAAGACCAUUCAGCCUUAUGGGGACGAACUAGAAGUGAUUAAUUUGGGCACCAAAGAAGACAAGAAAGAAAUCAAGGUUGGGGCAUCGCUCGAAACAAGUGUUAAAAAGCAAGUGAUAGAGCUCCUCAAAGAGUACGUUGAUGUGUUUGCCUGGUCCUACCAAGAUAUGCCGGGUCUAGACACUGAUAUUGUGGUGCAUCACCUACCUUUGAAACCUGAGUGUCCGCCAGUCAAACAAAAGUUGAGAAGAACACGUCCUGACAUGGCUCUCAAAAUCAAAGAAGAGGUACAGAAACAGAUCGACGCUGGUUUCCUCAUCACAUCAAAUUACCCCCAAUGGUUAGCUAACAUAGUGCCUGUUCCAAAGAAAGAUGGUAAGGUCAGAAUGUGUGUCGACUACCGUGAUUUAAACAAAGCUAGCCCGAAAGACGACUUUCCUUUACCUCAUAUUGACGUGUUGGUUGACAGUACUGCCAAGUCCAAAGUCUUCUCAUUCAUGGAUGGAUUCUCCGGUUAUAAUCAAAUCAAGAUGGCACCUGAAGAUAGAGAGAAAACAUCAUUUAUUACACCUUGGGGCACUUUUUGCUACAAAGUAAUGCCGUUCGGUUUAAUCAAUGCAGGAGCUACUUAUCAGAGGGGUAUGACUACUCUUUUCCACGAUAUGAUACAUAAAGAGAUCGAGGUCUAUGUGGAUGAUAUGAUAGUCAAGUCGAUUACUGAAGAAGACCAUGUCAAGUAUCUACAGAAGAUGUUCCAGCGCCUAAGGAAGUACAAACUUCGUCUAAAUCCCAACAAAUGCACUUUUGGUGUCAGAUCCGGAAAGCUUCUAGGUUUCAUUGUCAGCCAGAAAGGCAUCGAAGUAGAUCCUGACAAAGUCAAAGCCAUCAGAGAGAUGCCUGCUCCGAGAACAGAAAAAGAAGUAAGGGGUUUUCUUGGACGACUAAAUUACAUCUCCCGGUUCAUUUCUCAUAUGACUGCAACUUGUGGGCCGAUAUUCAAACUACUCCGCAAAGAACAAGGUAUUGUGUGGACCGAAGAUUGCCAGAAGGCUUUUGACAGCAUAAAGAAGUACUUGCUAGAACCACCGAUUCUCAUCCCUCCAGUUUAAGGAAGACCUUUGAUCAUGUACCUAACGGUGUUAGAAAAUUCCAUGGGUUGUGUGCUCGGACAACAAGAUGAAACCGGAAGAAAAGAGCACGCCAUUUAUUAUUUAAGCAAGAAGUUUACUGAAUGUGAAUCUCGAUACUCCAUGCUCGAGAAGACAUGUUGUGCUCUAGCCUGGGCUGCCAAACGCCUCCGUCAUUAUAUGAUUAAUCACACUACUUGGCUGGUAUCUAAAAUGGAUCCAAUCAAGUACAUAUUUGAGAAGCCCGCUUUGACAGGAAGGAUUGCACGGUGGCAGAUGCUACUAUCUGAGUAUGAUAUCGAGUACCGUUCCCAGAAGGCAAUUAAAGGCAGUAUUCUUGCUGAUCACUUAGCUCACCAACCACUUGAAGACUAUCGACCUAUCAAGUUUGACUUCCCUGAUGAAGAGAUCAUGUAUCUAAAAAUGAAAGAUUGCGACGAGCCACUAUUCGGAGAAGGACCUGAUCCAGAUUCAGUAUGGGGUUUGAUAUUUGAUGGGGCUGUCAAUGUAUACGGCAACGGCAUAGGAGCAGUACUCCUUACUCCUAAGGGUACUCACAUCCCUUUCACAGCAAGACUCCGGUUUGACUGCACAAACAACAUCGCUGAAUAUGAAGCCUGCAUCAUGGGUAUUGAAGAAGCCAUUGAUCUGAGAAUCAAGAACAUCGAAAUAUAUGGAGAUUCAGCUCUCGUAAUCAACCAGAUCAAAGGAAAAUGGGAAACUCUUCAUGCAGGACUAAUACCUUAUCGAGACUAUGCAAGACGUUUAUUGACUUUCUUCAACAAAGUGGAAUUACAUCAUAUCCCUCGAGAUGAGAAUCAGAUGGCUGAUGCCUUGGCUACUUUGUCUUCAAUGAUCAAGGUGAAUCAUCACAAUGACGUGCCACUAAUCAGCGUCAAAUUCCUUGAUAGACCCGCUUAUGUGUUUGCCGCUGAAGCAGCUUUCGACGAUAAACCUUGGUUUCAUGAUAUUAAGGUGUUUCUCCAAACUCGAGAGUAUCCUCCUGGAGCAUCCAACAAAGAUAAGAAGACUCUCAGAAGAUUAUCUAGUAAUUUCUUCUUGAAUGGAGAUAUCUUGUACAAAAGAAACUUUGACACGGUCUUGCUCAGAUGUGUAGACAAAUAUGAAGCUGAUUUAUUGAUACAUGAAAUACACGAAGGAUCCUUCGGAAUUCAUCCUAAUGGGCACACAAUGGCUAAAAAGAUAUUGCGAGCAGGCUACUACUGGAUGACAAUGGAAUCAGAUUGCUACAAGCAUACCAGAAAGUGUCACAAGUGUCAGAUAUACGCCGACAAGAUUCAUAUGCCGCCGACUACACUCAAUUUACUUUCCUCUCCGUGGCCUUUCUCUAUGUGGGGCAUUGACAUGAUCGGAAGGAUUGAGCCCAAAGCUUCAAAUGGACACCGUUUUAUCCUAGUGGCUAUUGACUACUUCACUAAGUGGGUUGAGGCCGCAUCAUAUGCCAAUGUGACCAAGCAAGUAGUGGUCAAAUUUAUCAAGAAUCAUAUCAUUUGUCGCUAUGGCAUCCCCAACCGGAUCAUCACCGACAACGGAACAAAUCUAAACAACAAGAUGAUGAAAGAAUUGUGUGAUGAUUUCAAGAUCGAGCACCAUAACUCUUCACCUUACAGACCCCAAAUGAAUGGUGCUGUCGAAGCUGCAAAUAAGAAUAUAAAGAGGAUUGUCCAGAAGAUGGUGGUGACUUAUAAAGAUUGGCAUGAAAUGCUUCCCUUUGCAUUACAUGGAUAUCGUACUUCUAUACGCACAUCAACAGGGGCAACCCCUUUAUCCCUGGUAUAUGGUAUGGAGGCAGUACUUCCUGUAGAAGUCGAAAUUCCAUCAUUGAGAGUCCUAAUGGAGGCUGACUUAUCAGAAGCUGAAUGGGUUCAAAAUAGAUACGACCAGUUGAAUCUAAUCGAAGAAAAGCGCAUGACAGCCCUAUGUCACGGACAGUUAUAUCAAAAAAGGAUGAAACAGGCUUUUGACAAGAAAGUUCGUCCCCGUGAGUUUAAAGAAGGUGAUCUCGUGCUCAAAAAGAUUUUCUCUUUCCAACCAGACUCCCGAGGCAAGUGGGCUCCUAAUUAUGAAGGACCGUAUGUUGUUAAAAAGGCCUUCUCAGGUGGUGCCAUGACUAUACAAACCAUGGACGGUGAAGAACUUCCACGACCUGUGAACACGGAUGCAGUCAAGAAAUACUUUAUCAAAGGAAAAUGGGAGACUCACCAUGAUGGUUUGGUACCUUACAGAGACUAUGCAAGACGUCUUUUGACUUUCUUCAACAAGGUGGAGCUGCACCACAUUCCUCGGGAUGAGAAUCAAAUGGCAGAUGCCCUAGCUACUUUAUCUUCAAUGAUCAAAGUGAAUCGUGGCAACGACGUGCCACUAAUCAGUGUUAAAUUCCUUGAUAGGCCUGCUUAUGUGUUUACAGCCGAAGCGGUUUUCGAUGAUAAGCCGUGGUUUCAUGAUAUUAAAGUGUUUCUUCAAACUCAAGAGUACCCUCCUGGGGCAUCCCGCAAAGAUAAGAGAACUUUAAGAAGAUUGUCUGGUAACUUCUUUCUAAGUGGAGAUGUUUUGUACAAAAGGAACUUUGAUUCAGUUUUGCUCAGAUGUGUGGACCGACGAGAAGCAGAUUUAUUAAUGCAUGAGAUACAUGAAGGCUCAUUCGGGACCCAUUCUAGUGGAUAUUCAAUGGCUAAGAAAGCAUUGAGAGCAGGCUACUACUGGAUAACGAUGCAUGCUGACUGCCAUCACUAUGCCAAGAAGUGCCAGAUUUAUGCGGAUAAGAUUUAUGUGCCACCGUCUAUGCUCAUUGUUAUCUCGUCACCGUGGCCGUUCUCUAUGUGGGGUAUUGAUAUGAUUGGUCGGAUCGAACCAAAAGCUUCCAAUGGAAAUCGUUUCAUACUAGUGACCAAGCAAGUGGUGGUCCGGUUUAUCAAGAACAAUAUCAUAUGUCGCUAUGGUGUCCCUAACAAGAUUAUCACGGAUAAUGGUACGAAUCUGAACAAUAAAAUGAUGAAGGAAUUAUGUGAUGAUUUCAAUUUUGAGCAUCAUAACUCUUCUCCUUAUAGACCCCAGAUGAAUGGUGUGGUCGAAGCUGCAAACAAGAAUAUUAAGAAGAUUGUGCAGAAGAUGGUGGUCACCUAUAAGGACUGGCAUGAGAUGUUACCCUAUGCUUUGUAUGGUUACCGUACUUCAGUGCGUACUUCAACAGGGGCAACCCCUUUUUCUUUGGUGUAUGGUACGGAAGCGAUACUUCCCGUAGAAGUUGAAAUCCCGUCAUUGAGAGUCUUGAUGGAAGCUGAGUUGUUAGAGGCUGAAUGGUGUCAGAAUAGGUACGAUCAGUUGAAUUUGAUUGAGGAGAAAUGCAUGGCUGCUUUGUGUCACGGACAACUAUAUCAGACAAGGAUGAAACAGGCGUUUGAUAAGAAGGUUUGUCCCCGUGAUUUUAAAGAGGGAGACCUAGUGGUCAAAAGUAUCAAGUCUUUUCAACCAGACCCUAUGUAG